AAACUUUUAGUUUUUAUUAUUAUUUUUCAGACAAACUAUUGUUUAUUUGUACCGCAAAACAGUUGAUUAAAUCUCAAUAAUUAUGGACAAAGAGGACGACCAACAAGUUAUGGAUGUGUCCGACGACGAUGCAAAUGAACUGAACGCCAGUCACAGCUCAUCUCAAUUGAAUCAAAGUAUGAAAAGUGUUGCCGAAGAUAACGAUGACGACAAUGAAAACAUGAAUAACAGUAUAGAAGAUAAUGAUGGCGACGACGAUGACGACAACGAUGAUGACGAAGACAUGGAUAAUAUGAAUAGCAGUCUCAAUGAUAGUCUUGUCAGUAAUACCAGUGUUGGCAGCGAUAAUCAAGAGAAGAGUAGCGGUGGUAAUAGUCUUACAAAUAGCGCAGUGAAGAGAGCAAAGAAGCGCAAGAAGAUGACACCGUUGGAGAAGAAACGAUGGCUAGAAAAGAGAGAAUCAGAGAAACAGGAGAGACUUAAAGCGAAAUUAUUGGAGAAAGAAAAGAGAGCUCAAGAAAGACGGGAUCUUUUGGAAAAACAAAGACAAGAGAAACAACAGAAGUUGGAUUUGGAAAAGGAAAAGAAGGAUAAAGAACGACAAGAGAAGGACGCAGAAAGACAACGGAUUAAAGAGGAAAAAGAGGCGGAAAAACAACGAAUCAAAGAACAGCAAGAAUUAGAAAAACAAAAGAUUAAAGAAGAAAAAGAAGUGGAAAAACAACAGAAAUUAAAGGAAAAAGAAGAUAAACUCAAAGAAAAGGAGGAAAAGAUAAAAGAGAAAGAAUUGGAAAAACAGAAGAAACAAGAAGAAAAGCAAAAAGCAUCUGAAGAGGAGCUGAAGAAAACUGAAAAACAGCGACAAUUGUUAUCAAAUUUUUUCUCUAAAACUCCAAAGUCUGCAAAUACUUCUCUAAAUAAAGAGGAAAUCGAAGUUAUAUAUUGCGGUCGAUUUCUUCCCUUUCAUUUGGGCGCCAAUCAAACUCUAGCACCAGUAGUCUCGGAGUUCGCCAAAAAUCGGUUCAAUCAACAGGCGUUAGACCAGUGGAUGAAAAGUCAGGAAACAAAUAAUUUAUAUUUCAAUAACUUGAAGAGUGAUACCUAUAAACCAUUUCGAUGUAAUCGACGCGAAAAGAUCGAACCAGAAAUUAUCAUUGAGAGCAGUGUUAACAACAACAGUGAUGGCAACGAUGAUGAUAACGAAUCCAAGAGAUAUCGUGUUAAGCACUUACAGUUUCACUCGAAUGUUAGGCCACCCUAUAGGGGAACCUAUAGCAAGAAAAGUAGUGUCAUUAAACCAAGAAAUCCAUUUACUAAAGACAUCGAUUUGUUUGAUUACGAACUGGAAAGUGAUGAAGAAUGGGAUGAAGGAGGACCGGGAGAGUCGCUCAACGGUUCCGAUUCGGAAGGAUCGGUCAAAGAUGACUAUGAAAUUGAUAACGAAUUUUUUGUACCGCACGGCUAUCUAUCUGAAGAUGAAAACGACGAAAAUGAAGAACAAGUUAAUGGAGGAGUGAUUGGUGGCGUCGGCGGCGGCGAAGAUGUCGAAAUGAGUGACACGAAAGAUAGUAAAUCGCGUCCAUUGCUUAAGGAACAGGUGCUGAUGGCUGAACGCAACCGAUCUUUUUCGAGAACAUUGAAUCCAGUAGUUAUCGGUUGUAUUUGGGAAUCAAAUGCCGACAAUAAUAAUCAGAAAUCAGUUGAUAUUUUGUAUGCCUGUCGACGAAUUGCACUUCAAACCAAAUAAUUUGAUUUUUUUUAAUU